AUGUCAUCAUCAAGCUCAAUUAAACUUCAACCAUGGAAUGAUUUCAUUGAAUGGGGUAGAUAUAGUAUCCCUGGAAGUCAAAAUGCAAUUACCAGAAUGGAAGAUAAUUUAAAUUUUUAUUCAGGAAAUUAUAUAGCUAUUGUUGCUGUUGUACUUUUAAUUACUUUAUUCACAAAUAUGAAUCUUUUAGUUGCAAUUCUUUUAUUAGGUGCAAUUGGUUAUUAUUUAUUCUUUGUUCAAAAAGGUGAUAAAAAUAUUGGUUUUGCUGUUUUAACUCCAAUGAUCCAAAUGGUUAUUCUCGGUGUUGUAUCUGUCAUUGUUAUAUAUAAAUUAAGUGGUUUAACUUUAUUCUACACAACAUUAGUUUCAUUACUUUUCGUUUUAGCCCACAGUGCCCUCAAAAUGAGAAACCUUAAAAACAAAGCAUCCAACUUUGUUAGUGGUAUCAAAAACGAUUUAAAGAAUGAAUUAAAAUGA